CGUGGACUCGGCGCUCGUGGCCAAUGCUUUGCUCGUGAAGCCGCAGUUCUAUUUGGGAAGUUGGCGGCUCGAGGUACGGGCUUCGCUCGCGCAGUGGCAGUUGCGCUCUGGAAUUAUGCACAAAGCUGGCCAAGCCUGCACGCUCUUUUGAAUCCUGUUCACGCCGAUUUGAGACCAUGGACUUCGGAACCCGCGCGCUCGUUUGGUUCCUCGUGUGCCAGAUCACAUGCAUCAGAACUCAGGAGGAGACGAAGGAGGUGCUCCAGCUGGAGGAGGGCACCUGCUCACCUGGCUUCCAGGUGCGGGAGUACCAGGUGGAGUAUGUGGGAAGGUUCUUGAAAGAUCAACCUCUUCUACAAGUGGUGUUUGACGAUUGUGCAGGGAGUAAGGGUGUGGCAUUUGAGGUGUCCAACCCGGACUUCCUGAUAGACAAGGACUGGAAUCUCAUUCCGAGAAGAGACGUGACUGACAGUGACACAGUCAUAUUCGUGCACGGACUCAGUCCGCACGCCGAUGACACGGCCCAGGUGGACAUCAUCGGAGCUCCACCCACACCAACCCGGACACUCAGGGAUCUUCUGGUACUCGAGGGGAACAUGGCGUACAGGACUAAGAGAUCCCUGCUGGUUCCGCCCAUGUUUGUGCCUGAGAACCAGCGUGCCCCAUUUCCCAGGUCCAUCGGAAAGUCGCACGUGAUCUCGUCUGAUAUGAAGGAGGACCACAUUUUCCGUCUGUCGGGGAAGGGGGCGGACCAGGACCCAAAGGGCGUGUUCAGCAUCAACAGAUUGACGGGGGAGGUUGCUGUGAGUCGCGCGCUGGACCGGGAGGCCUUGGCCUUUUACCACCUCCAGGUGUCCACCACUGACAUGAGCGGCAAACUGGUGGAGGGACCAGUAGACCUGGAUGUGCAUGUGAUCGACCAGAACGACAACAGACCCAUCUUCAGGGAACCGCACUAUUCUGGAGAAGUUCUGGAGGGCUCCCCUACAGGCACCACGGUAAUGACGAUGACUGCUUUUGACGCUGACGACACAAGCACUGACAACGCCGUCCUGCGUUACAACAUUCUGAGACAGCAGCCCGAGAAGCCCUCGCCGAACAUGUUCUACAUCGACCCGGAGAGGGGCAACAUCGUCACGGUCAUCUCCCCCUCCCUGCUGGACAGAGAGACACUCCCCACCACGCAGUACGAGCUAGAGAUUGUUGCUAAGGACAUGGCAGGAAGUGAAGUGGGGCUGACAGGAACUGCCACAGCAACCAUCACCAUCACGGACAGGAAUGAUCACGCACCUGAAUUCACACACUCCGUGUUUCAGGCGUCUGUGGAUGAGGGCUCUACAGGCGUGGUUGUGAAUCUGACUGUGGAUGAUCGUGACGAUCCGGCCACGGGGGCGUGGAGAUCAGUCUACUCCAUCAUCAAUGGAGACCCAAACCAGAGCUUUGAGAUCCACACCAACCCAGACAACAAUGAAGGCAUGCUGUCUGUGGUUAAGCCUCUUGACUAUGAGAACACCAUGUUCCACACUCUGCUGAUAAAGGUGGAGAAUGAGGACUCCCUGGUCCCUGGGGUCGUGUACGGCCCCAGUUCCACAGCUACAGUCUACAUCAGCGUGCAGGACGUGAACGAGGGUCCUGUGUUCUUCCCCGAUCCUCUGAUGGUCACUAAAUGGGAGAACAUCCCUGCUGGAAGCUUUGUGGCCAUUCUCAAUGCCACUGACCCUGACUACCUCCAAGUCCAGAGCAUACGGUUCUCUGUGCUGAGGGACCCAGCAGGAUGGCUCAGUGUGAAUCCAGUCAAAGGUUCGGUAAACACCACCGGCACACUGGACCGGGAGUCUCCGCACGUCCACAACAACCGCUACAGUGCCCUCUUCAUCGCCUCAGAUAACGGUGACCCCCCAGCUACUGGCACCGGCACUCUGGUCAUCACCCUGGAGGACGAGAACGACAACGCCCCCUAUGUGCAGCCCGCAGUAGCGCGAGUGUGUGAGGACGCCAAAGAAGUGAACGUGGCUGUGAUUGGGGCGCGGGACAGGGACAUCCACCCCAACGCAGACCCCUUUAAGAUCGAACUGGGGAGACAGCCAGGUCUAGACAAGACGUGGAGGAUAUCCAGGAUCAACAACACACACUCCCAGAUCGCGCUUCUGCACAGACUGAAGGAAGCCAACUACAACGUGCCCCUUGUUCUCACCGACUCCGGCUUCCCACCGCUCUCCAACACCACCGAGCUGAAGGUGCAGGUAUGCAACUGCAAGAAGAGCAGGAUGCAGUGCAGUGGGGCAGACUCCCACCUGCUCCACGCCAGGCCAUGCCUCCCUCUGCUUCUGCCCCUCCUGCUGCUCUCUGCGCUCUGCCUGUAAAUUCUACUGAACUUAUCUGUGGUCCUCUUGCAACACUGAAGAAUAUCUACAAACCCAUCCCUCAUCACAAGACAGGCAACAGAAGAGGACCCCUGUCCCAUUUUUACCCCCUCACUCACCCCCCUCACCCCCAUUUCUGCCUCUGUUCUCUUUUUCUGCUCUUUCCCAUACUGGCCUGCACCUUCAUCACCCCCCUCCCCCAUACCUCUGGACUGUCAUGGACGUCACCACCUGCUGAAUGAACUCUCCUUGGAUAAGGGAUUCCUGGAUGUGGGGGGCAGUUAGACUUUCUGAUGUGUUUUCUUUGUCUGCCUGUUCACUAAUGUAAGGCUGUUAGAGAGGGUGUAGGCUGACUGGUGUAGGCUGUUAGAGAGGGUGUAGGCUGACUGGUGUAGGCUGCAGAGACUGUGUUUUCUUAGGGCAAGGUGGUCGCCAAAAGCCUUCAAUGUUUAAAGUCAAAUCUCUGGAGUCUUUAUUUUUUGUUCUGGUUUUUAAUGCAUUAGUUGUUAUGGAGUGGAAUAUUAUCUUUAUAGUAACGGUGUUAAAUGGUGGGGAAGGUACACUAUAUAUAUUUGAUUUUUUUACCAUUGUACAAAUUUAUUAACUUAUGUCAUUUGACUGCAGACUCUUCAACUACCCCUCAUGAAUAAAAAAAUGAAACUUGUAUCUUUUUUGCGAAUUUAGACAGUUUCUAAUGCUAUCCAUGUAUGUCUUUUUCAUGUACUAGCUCCAGUUUUGUUUAGUUUUUCCUGAGAAUGUGUGGUUGUAUCUGGAUUCAUAAACUGAUUAGCAGACAGGCAGUCUGUCUGGUCUGGUCUAUAAUGGGCCAACACUAGUCCCCUCUCCCCUGGAAGGUCGUUGGUCCAGUGGUUGGUUUUUUUUGCGCUUGUGAGAAGAGGAUUAAAAAAAAGAAAAAAAUGUUUGUGUGGACGAUCCUGUAAAUCCUGCUAAAGCAAAACAAUGACGUUCUGAACCAGUUAUGUCUGUCUUUUGCACUAAUUUAAUAAAACCGUUACUGUACUUCC